CUGGCAACGCUGAGAAGCGCUUAAAUUUUUAAGAACUUUUUCUUAAGCAGUCGCUCUUGGUUUCUCCUUAAAAACCCCUCAAAAUGGAAAAGUAUCUGGAGCCUGAGAGUACCACAAUAAGUCCUGACAAGGACAUUCUUCAUCCGGAUGAUGCCCAGUACAUUUGGCUGCCCAUUUCGGUGCUCGUUGGCAUACUUGUUCUAGCAGCUUUGGUGUACGCCAUGUCACGUAGUCGCUGCCGGUUUUCCUGGGAAUGUCUGAACCGAAGGAAAGCCCCACGGGGUGGGUACAUCAACGUGGACGAGGAGGAUUCCGAUGUACCCAUGGCCUGUGGCGAUGAACUGGGUGAUCACCGGAUUGAAGCUAGCCUCCUCAGCGGGCGACUGCACAUUCAGGAUAGACCAGAUAACGCCUUUAACGCCUAGAUAAUCUCAAAAGGCUUCCAUACACUUUAUUGUCCACAUUUGUCUCCAACGGUGGUUGUCAUCGGUUAAGUUACUACUGCAAACUACGU